AUGGCUAGACACUCCUUUCUCCUGGGCCUGAUCACAGGCCUCCUGGCCAUCCUAUCGUACACAACCGCAGAAGAUGUAAAAAUCACAGAUAUCUUCACGGUUCAGGACGGAUCGCGUGAUGGCGGCUGCGAUGGUCGCAUGGCGGAGCUGGACCAAUGGCUCAGCGAGAGCUCCUUUAGUGUCACCACAGCUCUGGAGAACCUGGAAAAAUAUGACCAACUGCUUAGUGUCCGAAGGGCCAUGUUGAUUUUCUUUGGUAUCCCAAGCCGAAACAAACUCGAACCAGAAAGCGGUGACUCGAAUCAAGAGGAUGGUCCCAGGCGUGCAGCUUUCAACGCUGUCAAACGUUACCUUGAAUAUGUAGAGGACUUUUUGAACCACAAGCAAGAGAGCAGCGGAAAGGUCCUCUAUGGCAAGGACAACUUCCAUCUCCAUUGCCACAGCACUUUCCUGAGUCUACAUCAACCAACCGACCCAGCACUUGACUUCCAGGCCAAUGAGAUGCAGGACCAAGACGGCAUCACAAUCUUAGUCCAAGACGUACCAGUCUACCAGGAGAAACUUGCCGAAGACCCAGAUAACCGAGUAUUUUGGUCUGGCGAGCUCACAAAGCAGAAUGGCUACUACUUCACAGAGUCCGGUGCCAAUAUGUGCGACGAUAGCGACCACCUCGGCGGCACCGCGGAUCUCCAAAUACUUGAACCAGGUGCAAACGGCCAGGCUCAAAGGGGUGACCCCAAAAUCAACGUCAUUCUUUGCCCGUCCAGUUUCGACAACACCGAGAAGGCAGCCAGUUACAGGGAAGCAAACAACGGUUUGACCGAUGGCGUAGACUUGGCCGAAGCUGUUCCUAGGAGCGCGACUUUGCUUCACGAGAUCUUUCACGCCCUCAACGGAGGAAUAUUUCUGGACGGGAACUCAGAGAAAUAUGCCCUUACUGAGUGCAUUGAUCUUGCUAAGAAAAACCCAGCAAAAGCACGAUUAAACCCUGAGAACUACGUCUUCUUCAUCACCCAUAUGUAUCAUUUGUUUGGCGAAGACGAGGGUGAGGAUCCGAUUUCCAUACCAACGAACUGGGAUUUCCGUGUUGCCACGAUUUCAGGUGUCCAAGGUCUGAGGGCAUUCCGGAGUGGAAAUUAA